CAAACUAGCAAAGAGAGAUUGAAAACAGGGGCUAAAUACACUGGGGCUAGAUUGAAAACAGGUGCUGUCAAUCAGGGCUGGGGAGGUCAAUCACAGGCAGGGUAGGAGACACUGAAAUGAGAGGAGAGUACACAGAAAAAACAAAGACAUGACCUAGGGAAUAGGGCGGGAUGUGACACAAUAUGUCUGUUUCAAUUGUAUUUUGUAUGAAAAUGCCACCAAUUUCUUUUUUUAAUAAUCAUUUUCAUCUUGUGAACUGACAAACGGACACAUGGGAGACAGUCGAGCAUGUGUUUCUUUUCCUUUAGUGGACACGAGGUUUGUGUGGGUGUCACAGCCACUCCCUGUACCAUUGCCAGUCUUCACCACCCCUCAAAGUAUCAAAAUUAAUUAAUGAAACCCAGAAAUCCCAGAUAAGAUAUCAACAACCACUGUGUAAUCACAUUAUAAUCAAAUACCACUGAACAAAGUUUAAUGCAAUUCCAACUGAACGGUUGUAUAUGCAGAUGGCUUCUGUGCUGUUCCUUGUCAGCAUGUACUGUUGAAACAGCAGUGAAUAAAGCAUCAACCCUCAUUCAUUCUACUGCAUCCUUCUACAUCACAACCUUAGUGUAAAAGAUGAAAGUCACACUCUCCAAAAAGCAUUGUUUUAGACACAGAGUCAUGUUGCUUUACUUUAUGGCUGUAGUUCUUACUUGGCCUAACACUGGACUUUGUGGAGAAUGUCCUCAUGAUAAAGAUAAGGCUCUCUCAAUGUUCAGGGCCAAUGUUGAAGCUCCACAAAGUAAGGGUAGAGCUGUUAGAACGAACAGAACAUGGGAACCUAACCAAUUGGUAAUCUGCACUACUGUGUGUGUGUGUCUGUGUGUCUGUGUGUGUGUGUGCGCCCCACACCUGUUCGCAUACAUAUGGGAGUAUUGUGUUGGUCAGUAAGCAGAAUUAACCAAAAUAACCUCCUAGUCAUCUGUUCCUGUCAGUGACCAUCUGACUGUUCCUGUUAUUUGUCAACCAAAAAAUGAGUCAAAAUAUGAAACACACAUUUGUACAGACAAAACACAUAGUUUUACAUUUGACACCGGUCAUAACCUGUUGAACUACCCACUGGCCAGUAAUGUGACAGAUGAGAGAUGAUAGGAAAUAGUUGCAAAUCAAUUCUAGUUUAAUCAACGCAACUUUUCAGUCCAUCUUAUCUGCCCUUCUACUUGCCACUGUAAUGAUUAUUACAUUACAUUUUUACAUUUAUGCAUUUAGCAGACGAUUUUAUCCAAAGCGACUUCCAAGAGAGAGCUUUACAAAAGAGCAUAAGUCACUUGAUUAUAAUAAGUUGCAAACGCCACAACCAAACUAACCACACCAUCAGAAAGACGUUUACACUUAGACUACUCUUCCUGACAGUAUUUCAUAAAUUCUUCACGAGAAAGGAAUGCAGUUCACCCAUCUUUGUUGUUAAAUUGAAUAUAGAUGUAUCAACUGUAUCAAUCUUUUUUUUGUGUGUUUUUGUGUUACCUUGUGUUUCCCAAGCUAAUUGCUCUCCCUCCCCCAUAUUCCUAUAGUUUUAGACUGCUAAGACAUCAUCCUUACAAUCACCAAAAAAAUGUAAACCUAUUUUGGGCUUCUGAAAAUAACCACAAUGGUUAUAGUUUUUUCCGUAAGUACACUGAUUUGAUCAACAGGAAGAGAAAUGCUAGGUAGUUUCCUUGAAACUUUAGUUUUGCAAUCGUCUGAUAGAUCAAAACGACUCAUCUUCCAGGAGCUAUAAAAGCAGGAGUUAGAGAGAGUGCCAAAACAGAAUUACAGUUCAUUUGUAUUUUACAUACAUAUUCGAUUUUUCACAGCUAAUGUUAUGGCAAACUCAGGAAUUCAAAUUAUCGGCUAUGUUUUGGCACUUGGUGGUCUCGCUGCCUCAAUCGCUGCCACUUUCAUGGUUGAGUGGAAAAGAGAUGCACCUAAGGAAGGCGAAAAUAAUUCUAUGAGUUAUCAUUAUUUAGGACUAUGGGAAUCAUGCUCAGUUGACAGAACCGGAACCAGAUCCUGUAAGCCUUACACUUCAAUCAUCCACAUGACAAUAGAGGUGCAGGUCACUCGGGCAGGUAUGCUGCUCAAUAUUCUGUUGUCCAUCUGUGGGCUGUUACUAACCACAUUUGGGUUGAAAUGCACCAAAUGCCUUGAUGGAAACCGUCUGGCGAAGAAUCGUGUUGUCACGGCAGGAGGAAUUUUCAUUAUAAGUUCAGGUCUUCUGUCGCUGUCAACUACUUCUUGGUAUGCAAAUACCAUUAUCCAGUCCUUCGACCAGGGGGAAAGGUAUGAGUUUGCAAGUGCCAUGUUUGUGAGCUGGACUGGGGCUGUCCUUGCCCUGGUGGGUGGAGCUUUCCUUGGCAUCAGGUGCCCUGCAAAUAGUGAAAGGCCAUCCUUUCAACCCCCGAAUCUCCAGCCUGUGUCCAAAUCAGGUACAGACUAUGUCUAGGUUAGUGCAGACUUGAGAAGAUUCCAUAUAUUGCCAGCAUCUAACCAGUCAUGGAUGAACAUAUGUUCUUAAUGUAUGUUUGAAACUGGACUACAACAAUCUAAUGGGACAUUUGACAAAUGUUCUUUAUUCAAGCUUGAAAAUAAUGCAAUAACAGACAAUACUAAAACGGUUUCUUUGCACCAGCUUUAUUGCAUUAAAACAAUAAUUGGUAAAGAACAGGUCAUUGUGCUCUCUUCCUGUUAUAAAAAACCCCCACAUUCAAUCCAAUGUGAUUUAACCAUAGAUAGUCACAAUAAUAUUGUUUGAGCAUUUGCUAACAGGUCAUACUUUGCUAAAUAUAAGGAUACUUCAGUUACAUUUUUUAUUUUACCCAGUACUUUUAUAUUGCUAUUCUGUCAUAAAUCUCAACAGAAAGCUCCCUCUGCUUGGACAUUUUAAACAGAGCAGGGAUUUAAUGUAUUUUCCACUGUAGAGAAUGUAUCAUGCACAAUAACAAUUUGGAGCAGUGGAUUAUGCUAUUAAUAUGAAAUGCUAUAGAAAAGUUAUAGAUAUUGUUUUUGGUGUCCCAAAGUUCCUAAAGUUCUUGUUGUUUAUCGUCUUAAGGUCAAAGUAUCAUAUGUCUAACUUGUAACUGUGAGAUUAAAAGUAAUCUUAGUCUUUUUUUUAACCUGUUAUAAUUAUUGGUUCUUAUUUACAUGUACAUCAAGAAACAUUCAAAAUGCUACAGCAGUUGACAAUGUCUCAAUAUGUAGCAUAGUAGCAUCAGUGAGGUUAUGAGAAUCACUGUCUCCUGAAUAUAUAUUUAGCUUCUGCGGUGACAAGAUUGAGAUAUGGACACAAGCACCAGAAAAAACAAAAGGGAGUCUACUUCAGAAGAGCAAGUUGAUAUGAACUAUGUGGACUCUCGUUCUAUCAAACAUAGUCCUGGUGUGUAAUAGGAAGUAACAUUUUGUGAAGGAAGUAAUACAUCUAAUGGUCAUUGUGUUUCCAAAAGGCAUUUGAACGUUGAUGCGAGAUUCAUU